GGAGGACAGCGGAUAUGUGGUGUAUGAAAACCGAAUGACCUCCUCGUAUGAAGUGGGGAUUGGACCAUAUGGUUCCAUCACAAGGGACAGUCAUUUUGAGUUUCUCUUCCAGUGUAGAUAUUCGGGAACUUCUGUGGAAGCUCUGGUUGUGGAGGUCAACUCUGUUCCUCCACCUCCACCAGUAGCUGCUCCUGGACCUCUCAGGGUGGAGCUCAGACUGGCCAAUGGCCAAUGUGUCACCAAAGGCUGUGCUGAAGGUAAGGUCUUGUCCUGUGUCUGCCUAAAGCCUUUCAAACUGGAGUCUGGUUAAACCCCAGUGUUGUUCCUCAGGGGAUGAGGCCUACACGUCCUAUUACAGUGACGCUGAUUAUCCCAUCACAAAAGUCCUGCGAGAGCCUGUGUAUGUUGAGGUGCACAUUAUGGAGAGGACCGACCCCAACAUUGUCCUGACGCUGGGACGUUGUUGGACGACUUCAACCCCCAGUCCACUCAGUCUCCCCCAGUGGGACCUUCUGAUCGACGGAUGCCCUUACCAGGACGACCGCUAUCUGACCACACUGGUUCCAGUGACUGGAUCGUCUGGUCUUCAGUUCCCAACCCACUACAAGCGCUUUGUUGUGAAGAUGUUCACAUUUGUAGAUCCAGCCUCACUGGCUGCUCUGAAGGAAACCAUCUUCAUCCACUGCAGUACAGAGGUGUGCCAUCCAUCAUCUGGCUCUUGUGAGCAAAGCUGCACUAGGAAACGAAGAGACACUCGUAUCAAGGCUGUCUCUGGGGAGCAGACUGUGGUUUCUAGUGGAGAAGUUACUCUGGUCAUGUAAAUCUAGUGUUUUU